GACAACAUAACCUUGCGCCUUUAAAUCCGGAGUGUCUGUGGCUUCCGCUCCCCGCGGCCGAGGGGCGUGCCUGGCGGUCAUUGGCUGAGCUGCGUAGUUUUGAGCACGUGUGCGCAGGAGUUGUGCGCUCCGAUUGGAGCGAGGGCCUGCUUAUCCAGGGUGCCUCUCAGGUCACUCGCCUACCCGGGCCUCGGCGUUCGGUUCCCGGGGCUUGCACGUUCCAUUCCUAGGCGGGCCCGGGGCCUCCUGGGUCCUAGUCGCUGUGUCCUGGGAUCGAUGCGCUGACGCCCGAACGUAGGUACUGUGGCAGCGCGGGGUCUCCCUGUCCUGGGCGUGGCACUCGUCGUUGUGCAGGUGACCAUGGCAGAGUUCUCCCAGAAGCAGAGGAAGGAACGUGGUGGCGAGGGCCUGGGCAGUGUGGUGGACUUUCUCCUGGCUAAUGCUCGUUUGGUGCUAGGUGUUGGUGGGGCUGCAGCGCUGGGCAUAGCAACCCUGGCUGUAAAGCGGCUCAUCGACAGGGCCACCAGCCCUCGGGAUGAGGAUGAUACCAAGGGGGACAGCUGGAAGGAACUGAGCCUGCUGAGAGCCACGUCACUCCAAAAGCCCCAACCCCCCUCUGCUGCCCUCAGCCAGCACAUACCUCCUGUGGUCCCCUUACCCUCUGCCCCAGUGGGGCCCACACCCACCCACUCCCAGACAACACCUAAGCUCAGCUCCCCAGCACCCUUGUGCCUGACGUUCCAGGAGAAGCUGCUAGCAUUUGAGCGCACCCAUGUGAUUAUCCCAGAAGCCCAUGUGACUUUGGUGAAACAGCUGGCUGGAGACAUUGCCUUGGAGCUGCAGGCCUACUUGAGGAGCAAGUUCCCAGAACUGCCUUUUGGUGCGCUUGUGCCAGGUGGGCCUCUCUACGAUGGGCUGCAGGCAGGGGCUGCUGAGCGUGUGCGCCUACUAGCGCCCCUGGAGUUGGAGCCAGGUCUAUGGAACUUGGUACCUGGCAUGGACACUGUGGCCAGGGAACCUCGAUGCUGGGCUGUGCGCAGGACCCAGCUUGAGUUCCAUCCCCGUGGGCGCAGCCCAUGGGACCGCUUCCUGGUGGGGGGCUACCUUUCCUCCCGUGUCUUGCUGGAGCUGCUACGGAAGGCUCUGGCAGCGUCCGUCAACUGGCCAGUCAUUGGUAGCCUGCUCGGGUGUCUGAUCAGGCCCAAUGUGGCUUCUGAGGAGCUGCUAUUGGAAGUGCAACAUGAGUGCCUGGAGUUCACUUUAGCUGUGCUCAUGGUGGUCCCUGGGGCCAGCACUGAUGACCGGCUUCUGCUGGCUUGGCCCUUGGAGGGGUUGGCCAGCAAUCUCUGGCUGCAGGAUCUGUAUCCAGUAGAAGUUGCCUGUUUGCGGGCCCUGGAUGAACAAGAUGCCGGUACUCGCCAGAGGUUGUUGCUUCUGCUGUGUGGUGUGUGCCGGGGCCAUCCAGCUCUGGUGCAGCUGGGCUGGAGCCAUCUGACUCAGGUAGUUCUGCAUUUGGGUGAAGAGGAAGUGGCCUGGACAGAGGACGCCUUAGGAGAACGUUUUCUGCAAGCCCUGGAGUUUCUGGUGGGAAGCUUGGAGCAGGCCAGCCUGCCUUGUCACUUCAACCCCAGUGUGAACCUCUUGGGCAGCUUUCGCGAAGAGGAGAUCGAUGACAUUGGCUUCGUGCUGUACAGUGGACUCCAGGUCCCCGAGAGCCUGCUCUAGGUGAAUGCGACUGCGAUUGGCUUGUUUUCUGAUGCUGGAGAGCUGCAG